CGGCCGUUGCUCCGCGUGCAUGUGCCGGGCACGCUUCUCGAAUUUUAAAAAUAAAACUUAUUUAACGCGUACACGUAUCCUGUUCCUUUACAUAACAUUCCGCGAUACUUAAAAAAUCGAUGAUUCAUAGUAUUAUUUCAUCAUUUUACGCUUGAGUUUUUACAAAUUGUAUUAUUAUUAGACAUGUUUUAAAUAAAUACUUAGCAGCGAAACCAGUCGCGUCGAGAUAUUCGAACGCAUACCCAGAAAAAUAAACAAUCAGGAACCGUACGUUAAAAAUGUGAGACGCGUUAGCACUUGAAAAAAAAGGAUAUAUAAAAUUACAGAGAUGGAUUGGCGCGAAAAACUUUUUGGUCGCUUCCUCGUCAAAUGCGAUUCGCCGGGCACAAAAAACGGCAAAUUUGAAAAUGUGGCGACAUUAGAAGCAUUAUCCGACUGUGUGGAGGAUGGGGAAGGUGCUGUGUGCGGUAUUUAUUUUUCAUUUGCAAACAUUAGUGACACUAGUGACGAUUUCGGGGUUCGCCUGGAAGAGGUGUACAAAAGAGUGUUUCCUAGAUUGAAGGUCGUAGAAGUAGUGCUGUGGGCUCAUGUCGGUACUCCCGAAGGUCCAGUUGAAAGAGAAGCGGGCUUUCGACGAAGCUUAACUGGGAAACCAUGGUUCGCUGUGCCUUUUCAUGAUGUUGAUACAAAGCGACGUCUCACGCAAAAAUACAGUAUAGCAGUAGGCAUCCCUACCCUCGUGAUCAGAGGUCGUGCGGUCAGAGAUGCAUUGCUCAGUGAUCCUUCUGGAGAACGAUUUCCGUGGCCUGCACCACCUCUAGAUGAGGUCCUCAGAGGAGUAGAGCUGGAUGGAGAAAAUAAGAAACUCUACGAGCAGUUGCCCCUUGAUGCUGUUAGGGUCUUCUACUUCGCUGCACACUGGUGCCCCCCGUGCCGGUCGUUUGCCCCGAGUCUUUGCGCAGCUCUAUCAGCAGUGCGCAAGCGACGAUCAAAAUAUGCCAACACGCAGCUCAUACUGGUUUCCAGUGACAGAUCCGAGCAGUCAUACGCACGUACUGUGGCCUCUCUAUCCUCUGGAAACGCGCUGGCUAUACCAUGGUCGGCCAGCGAAGCUCGACUUGCUCUGCCAGCGGCCCUCGGUGUAGCGGGCAUCCCGGCACUGGUUAUCACGGAUGGCACUGGCAAAGUGCUUACAUCAAAUGGAAGGCAAAACCUAGCAGCUGAUCCUAUGGGAUUGAACUUCCCGUGGGCUCCGCGCCCCGUGUCCGUGUUGACUGAACAGGCAUUGCUAAAGAUGGCGCGUCAUCCCGCAGUCGUACUCUUUAUAGACGAUGAAGAUUCUGAAAUAGAAUUUUCCGAGUCGGUCCUAACACCAUCUGCCGAAUCCUACUACGAGGAAUGUAGCAUCCAGUACCCAGGAUUUUGCCCCUAUCAAAACUCAUCGGACGAUGAGACAAUGGACUUCGACUACAGCACCACCAAAUCAUCCACCAGAAAGAAGAAGUCAUUCAAGCACGUCAUGUUCUACAUCGGCAUUGAUGGAACGGAUAGCGCUGACAUGAUCAGAGAACACAUAGGCCUGGAUGACGCGGUGCCUCUCCUCACUGCUAUAGAUUUCCCAAAACAGCGUAUGGUCACAAUGAGAAAUGGGGAUGAAAUUACAACAGAUUCCGUGCAGAAUUUCGUCGACGCUUUUCUGAGUGGUAAUGCUGAUUUUAAGCCUUUAAAGCCUUAUAGUGAAAAGUGUUAAACGAACUCGUUUACAUUUUAUUGAUAUUUACAACCACCAACAAUCUUAUUAAAAUGAAAUUUACAUUUAAUCCACACUGCUCCAUUCAAAAUUCACAGCAGUAUAUAAAAUAAAUGUUCUAGAAAAAAAUACAAUUAUUAGACAUGUUGAAACUGAAUUCGAACCUGUAAACGUCAUGAGCAAUUCACGAGUCGCUAUAGCCUGUUCUAUCAAAAAACAAACCUUAGAUUUAUGUAUUCUAUGCGAUUUGCUAAAAGCCCUCUCUAUCAUUUUACUUCCAAAGUUCCGAUAACAACUUCGUCGAGGUUAAAAAUGGCAUCUUUUUCACGAAACCACAAUAAAUGCCAUAGAUUAUACAAGAUCUCGACCAAUUAUAUCAUGACAAUAUACUGUCAAAUUUGUUUCUUUAAAGAAAAUCCUGCCCUGUGAUAUGUGAUUGGAAUAGGCAAAAGGUAACUUGACAACCUUAAUUAAGUUGCAUUACCAAUUUGUUACAAAUUAGUAAUAGCAGAGAUAGUUUACAAAAUGUAACCAAUUUUGUAAAAAAUAUAAUUCUCAAUUAAUGACAUUAAAUUUCAGUUAAUAAUUGUAAAAAAUAUAUGACUGUAAUGAUUUAUUUAUUGAUGAAAUACAUAAUUUCAGUGUUAUAUGUACUUCCGGAAAAGGGGGACAGGAGAGUUAGGUCCUUUUCUAAUUUAGAUUGUUCAAUAAUUCUUACAAGCAAUGUUGGAACAUUGACAUCUUUUCUAAGACAUUUCUGAUUUUUAUUGUAUCCACCCAAACAAACUCAAACGGUCUUAAUUGGAUAUUAACAUUUUUAUAUACAUCGCAAUCAUUUGAAUCUAAAGAAAACAAAAAUAUAUGUUUUUUAUUUUGAAUUACACGAUUUUCAACAAAAAUCUUUAUUAUCUAUUACUAGUUUGACUGAAUUCGAAAUUUAAACACGAAUGUCUAAGUUAAUGUACUGAGGGCGAUCAGUUAAUCAAUAAUGCGUUUUUAUCAAAAUUACGCAAAAAUAAAUUGAAUAUCUCAAUUUCUUAUAAUUUUUAAGAUAUUUAAUUUUUUUAGACAUUUUGUAUUUUACCA